AUCUAGGGCAUCUAUCCUUUUUUAGUUGUGGGUCAAUGCUCUUUCUCAUUCCAUAUGCACAUAUACUAUCAAUGCUAAGUCUAUGAAUAACAGUGAAAUUUAUAUUUGUACAUAGGUGUAAAAUUAUAAAAAUAAAAUAAUUGCUGAAUCAAAAUUAUGGUAGAAGAGACUAUAAAUUCCAAUAAUAAUACCAAAACAAAAGUUAACAAUAACAAACCAAAGUCUGUUUACUCUUGGAAUGUAACUGAUGUGCAAAAGUGGCUGAGAAGACAUUGUAGUGAUUACCAAUGUUAUAUGGAAAAUUUCGUUCAGCAUGAUAUAACUGGCCGCACUCUUUUGAGAAUCACUGACAACUCACUAAUUCGACUCGGAAUCACUCAUGACGUUCAUCGAGAAGUGAUAUGGAGACAAAUUUUGAAGUUGAGGUUGAAAACUGAUGUAAUGGAAAUCAGAGAUUUACAGAGACGAAAUACAAAUAAUAUGUUUUAUGACUAUUCUAAUGCUUAAGAACAUAUGUGAAGCAGUUUUUAUUGAAAGUAGAUGACUUACUUAAAUUCUAAAAAAGUAAGCACUUUUACUUUCCCCUCACAGAACCACAAAAAUAUGUACCAGUCUUAAAAAUAUGUCUCAAAUUACUGUAUCACUUCA